AUGGAAACUGAUUCAUUGAGUGUCGCAUCGACACAGUCUGAUGAAGAGGAACAGGUAACCGUUGUCGAAAAUCCUGAAGCCGUCACUGACCGCACAUCGGAUGGACAACAAGAUGAUAAUGGUUAUAGUCGCCAUUUCAAGAAGAAUACAACGAACACUAGCAGCAGCGCAAGUCGCUCACCAGGCCAUAAUCGUAAUAUUGGCGGAGGCGGACGUGGCGGACGAAUGAGACAGGUAAGCUUCCAACGUUGGAAAGGGUUUUUGCGUAUCCACAGUUACAAUAUGCUGCCGUAUCUAACGCCGCAUUAAUC